AUGGUGAGGAAUUGCGCGCGCCCUCUCCCGCGGGCAAACGAGCAGCUCAAGUACACCUCCAUCGUCCUGGCCGCCCUCACCGCGGGCGGCGGCAUCAUGGGCUACGCAAAGACCAAGUCUCUUCCCUCCAUCAUCGCCGGAUGCACCGUCGGAGCUCUAUACGCCCUCGGCGCAUACCGCAUGCACACCAGGCAGCCCUACGGCGUCGAGCUGUCUCUGCUCGCCUCCGUCGUCCUCGGUAGCUCUGCCAUCCCUCGCGCCAUCAGGUUGGGCAAGCCCGUCCCCGUCGGUCUCAGCGUGCUGUCUAUCGUCGGCAUGCUCACUUUUGGCAAUGCCUUCCGCAAGCGCCUGUAA